AUGUCGAAACUGAAGGUGUAUGCCGAUCGGAUUUCCCAGCCCUCGCGCGCCGUGCUCAUCUUCUGCAAGUUCGUAAUCAAUCUCUCCGUUUAUCUGCAUUCGUGGUCAUAGGACUUGCAAGUUUCACGAGUGUACUCUGAAUUCACCGAUAUUUUUUCGAAUAAUUAGCGCCGGUUUUCGUUUCUUUUCCUUCUGCCGUUCGCUGUGCGAUCGGACCUGAAUUGUAAUCAUGCAUGUACUGCUUGUCAUCAGGGUGAAUGGAAUCGAUUUUGAAGAGGUGCGUAUUGAUCUUGCCGAGGGUCAGCACAAGUCGCCGCAGUUCCAAGGUGACCCCUUGCAUACGUAUCUAGACCUCCUUUCUUCCAAGUUUUUAUUUCUCUUUUUUAUCACGCUGAAGGUGCCACUGAGUCGCCUCAGUUCGUUGUUUGAUUUUCGCUCUGAAUGUUUUUUGGCGGGUGACGGGAGGGAGCCUCGUUUCUUCAGUCUACACGAUCCUACACGACCAGCAGUCAUGUGUGAUUUUGCAUGUGAUACUGUUGUCCUAUAAAUUUAUUGAGCUACGUGGAGCUGGUUGUUAUAGACAUAAAUGGUAAACGUCGGUUUUAACGAUUCGGCAUAUUUUAAUUUGUCACAGAUGUCUGAUUUAUCUGUACUCAUUCCUUAAACACUGUAUUAAAUCUUUUAUUCAUCCCAAUAGUAAGUGAAAAUAUUUGUUACAAAAAUCCCCGAGAAUUUCUGUCCCAUCUUUUAAACAUCAUUUUUUUUGCACAGAAAUUAACCCGAUGGAACAGGUUCCAGCAAUUGUUGACGGGCGUUUCAAGUUAUUUGAGAGGUACAUUUGGGAUCCUUGGAAGCUCUCGGUAUUUCCGGAUCGCAUGUGUGAUCCUUCAUCUUUUUCCUCGUAUAAAACUUGCCGAAAAUCUUUCUCCUUGCACGAUAGCGUGUCUUCUUCGUUGCACAUCAUGAAGAACCCGGAAAAUGUGGAAACUAAUCUGAAGAUUGAAAUACCGCGAAUAAAAAUGCCCCACAUGACGAUAUGAGCGUCACAAAUGUGAAAAUUUCAAGGCUUGAAAUACACAAUACUAUGUUUCUGUGACCUCUACAAACCACCUCCUCUCAAGGUGGAGGUACAUGAAAUCAGCCUUGGCCUUCUUUGCCAUGAAUCUGCUUCUGAGGUGCUAAGCAACCAAUUUUCCCUUUCCUCUUUAUAAGCCCUGUUUAGGUCAUUCGCUUAAAAGGGUUUUUCUAAUACACAUAGGUGUCUACCCUAGCUUGAGACACAGGACUGUUUCCCAACAGUUUUUACUAAUGUAUGCUGCUUUAACAACUUGUUUGUGUCAUUUUGCCCUUUUCCAUUAUCCCUGUGUUUGUUGUGAUGCACUUUGUUGCAAAAGCUUUAACUGUAUGCUUAUAUACAGUUAAAAAAAUUAUUCCCUUUUGUUUUUGUUUCCACAUUGGAAUGUUGAUUGUAUGGAGAACUACUGUAAACGGAUACUUUCUUGAAAUGGCUUCUUGUUUCUAUCAUUCUCUUCAUGCUAACUUUUUUUGUUUUGUUUUCAUUUGAAUGCGUUGACAGUCAUGCUAUUCUGAGAUAUCUUGCGUACACGUUCCCAGGGAUUCCAGACCAUUGGUAAGCUGACAGCCGAAACGUCCUUCCACUACUUCUUUUAUUUAUUUGACCAUCUUUAGGUGGAAAACUUAGGAUUUAAGAAUUAUUUGGUAGUUACUUUUGUCUAGAGCUAGAAUAGAAUUAAAAGAUAGUUAAAAUUUUGUAGGAAUUGGAUGCCACAGUAAAAAUAAUAUUUAGCUUGAUAAAAUCUUUGAUUUUAGAUGAUCUAGAAGAUAAUUCGUAUACGUUUAUUAUACAAAGAAAUCUGUAUAAGAAUGAUGACCACAUUUUUUAAGAUUAUUCUAAAAUAUCCUGAACCUUUUCAUAUUUCUUUACAAAAGGAAACCUGGCCGGAUUAUUGUAUGAAUGGCACAACACCUUGCUCUCCUCCAGCUGUGUUAAAAUGUUGUCAAUGCCACGAUUUCAUGAAAAGAAAGGAAAAUAAUUAGCUGUCUGUGAAAGCAGCUAUGAUUAAAAUCUUAUCAAAGUAAUGUUACUAAUCAUUAAUAUACAUACUUUAUAUAUGUCAUCUGCUAGUUUUUUAGUCAUUUACCUGGGAUAUCAUAGAACCUCUGCCCCAAUAUGUUCACAGACUUCAGAAAUAUGAAUAGCUUAUAUUGUUGUGUUAUAUUUUCAUGGAGUUCCUUACGAUAUUUUUAUGAGAAUAUUUGCUGCAAAUGUUUCCAUUGGGUUGGGGGAGAAUCUAUCUCCUUCUAGUUUUAAUGAAUCAAUAUAACACUUACUAGAAAAAGAAAAAAAAUCCAUGUCGUGGAUUUUUUAUCUCUCUCUCUCUCUCUCCUCACUGUAGUCUUCAAAGCAUCUACCUUGUGGUUGGACGCUAGAUUUAUAGAAUAAUUCUCUUGUGUUGUUGAACAGUGACGAACCAUUUAUGAAGCUUCCAACAUGGAAAAGUGGCAGUCUCAUUCCAGUGACAUAUGGAAUUCUUUCCAGCUUAAAACAGCCAAGUUUAAUUUUUAAUCUGGGCCAUCUAAGCUGAACGCUGCAAAUAGAAAUCAUAAUUAGUCAAACAUCUCCAAUAAUGGUCUGAAGGUUCUCUGUAUUCUUACUGGGUUAUUAUCCAGUCAUACCAGUGGAGUAGAGGACAUCAUCAGAAUUUUAGCUGAACACGGUGUUACCUGUCCUCUUGUUGACGCUGUACAACAUCUUCCAUAUUUCUGAUGUCGUCACAUUUAAUCAGCCAUAAGAAUUUCCCCGAUAAACUGAUAUCAUAAAUCUCCUUGGGAACUCUCGAAUCUCUUUAGGUCAAUCCUGUAUAAUUUCCAAUGAAAUUGUUCAUAUAUCUUACAUUUUGUGUCACUUCUUACGCAUGACACGUAGAAAACAGAUAUUUCUACAUUUAGUACCAUAUUGCUACUCAAAUAAUUGAGUUGCAUCUCAGUUUCCACCGCCGAGUACCUGCAUUUAUAAUGGAGAAUAUGAAGAGGGAUAAGGAAAAAAAAAGAAAGAUAAGGAACAGUUGAUUGUUGUUCUCUUGAUGCAGAAGUCAAAAAUAAUUGUUGUGGAAAAAAGGAUGCAACGAAACACAAUUUUCUGUACGAAUACGGUAAGGAACGGCAUCCACUCUUUCCUGUGACGGGAGAAAGGAAGCUCAAUGUUUAUCUCCUCCAAGUUACCGUCAUUUUGUAGUCUUCUAAACUUGAUGACUGCAAGUAUCAUAUAUUUUAGAAACCCAAAAUCUCUGGAACUUCUAGUCUGUUAAUGUGCUUGCCUUUGCGGUGAACUAUGAUCAUGUAUUGGUGUAUGUACUCUCUUAUAUGUUUUUCUCUUUUUUUAAGGUAUCCAGCGGAUGUCUCCAGUCAAGCUAAAAUCAAUUCGAUCUUGGAUUGGCAUCAUUCCAAUCUCCGUGUAGGCGGAGGUGCAAUAAAUUUUAGAACAUCCAGUUGCAUUUCAUGAAUUACGUUUAUUGGAGAACAUUUGUUCCCGUCUUUUCAUGGGAAACAUAAUGUUUGAUUUUAUUUUUUUAAUUUGAGGAUGAAAUAAAAAUCAUUUAGAUGAGCGAAUGUGUUAUAGCACACUAUACUCGGAUAUGACCCGAGACAACCAUUUGAUCGUGAAUGUGAGAUUUAGUGAUUUGAAGAUGACGAAAAAUGAAAUGUCUUGAACGUGUAAUUAUGUCCAUUCUUCAGUUUAUUCCCAAUUUUAUGUGUUACUUGUGGUCUGGUAUAGGUCAUAGGAGAACAGUCGGGUGAAACUGAAGUGAGGGAGUUAGUGGCAGAUAACUAUCUGGUCUGGAUGUUAUGAACUGGUGGGCAUAUUUAGUUAACCUUUUAGCUUAGAGAUAAUGCGGUCUGGAAAAGUCAAACUUCCAAAAAAAAAAUGAAAGGGAAGAAAGAAAGAAAGACCAUAUAAGCACCUCAUUGCAACACAGAUUUUUUCAGGAAACAAAAUUGCAGAAAUACUUUGCGAAAUUAUCUCCCUCUUUUACUUUCCAAGCAAAGGUAAUUUUGGUGUGCAUAGAUCUGACAUUGAAUGUGUACUUUUUGUUAAAUUACAUGCUGUACUUUACGUUUUUUUGCCAUAACACUAGCCACGUAAGGGGCAUCCACGGAAUGAAAAUUGCAAGGGCCAUAACGCAGGAUCGAACGAGAAUCUAGAUAAUUGUUGCGAUCUUUGACUCUGAGAGCUGGUUUUAUAUUAAUGUGUCCCUGCACGAUCGAUUUAAGCUUCUAAUUGGGCGCGCGCCUCAUCUUUUUUGUUUGCAGAGACAGAAACUAGAAAAAUGAUACAAUUUAGCUGUGAAACAAUAGGAUAUAUAGUUAUGAAGUCGCCAUUCCAAGAGGGCUCGUCAUAUUUUAUAGGGUCUUUGCCACCGAAAACAUUACAAUUAUCACUAAAGGAAAUAACAUUGUAGUAGAUUUAUUUUAUGUUAUAUAUCUAUAAUGUGGGGUUUUUGUGUAAUGGCAAAGUCCUUCAUGACCCACUGGGACAACUGAACAUCAGAGGUGCGUGGUUAUUAGUCUUUAAAGGAGAUAACAUUGUAUUACACCUAACAGAAACCGUGGCUUUGCGUCAGUCUCCUAGGUCUCUUUAAACCAUCUCUCUGCCAGUUUUCUGCUGCAUCAGGGCCAUCUAUAGGAUCUCUCAUCCAAUCUACUAGUUGUUUCAUCUAGCAUAUAAGUCUCUUUAGUUAGUCUUUGCGUUAGGACAUAUCAAAACCAAAACGGAUGAGACACAAACACUGCUAUCCUCAUUAACAGUUGUUCACAAUCACCGUGACCAUAUCUUGAAGCCUUCUCUUAUCAUUUGGAAAAUCCUGUGCUGAUCUAAUAUUAUGUCCAGAAAUUUAUGCUUUGAAUCACCUGAAGUUUUAGAUGUACAACCGUCGUGGGUCAGCAUCAUUAAUUGAAAAUAAUCAAUCUCGGAGUUGGUCUGAAGUCAGUAUUUUUUAUCGUCAAGAAGAACUAAGGAUCAGUUUGAGGAAUUAAAAGCCAAUCCCCCAUAUUCUGUCAGAAUUUAUGGCUUUCCAAGAUCUGUGUCUCUGUCUCCAUCCCAGUUGUUCUCUGGUCUGCCUCUGCAGAAGGUCCACCAUCUUAUUUAGCGUUGCUUUGGAUUUAUCACGGCUAGAUCAUACGACUGGGCAUAAUAUAUACGCAGAUUCCCUUCGUUUCAAAGCUAACCCCCAAUUCUUUAGACAAUAACAGCCACAAUCCCCCUCUUGGUGGCGGAGUUGGUGGCCGGACAGUUGUUUAUCUUCUCGCUAAACUUUCAUGAGUCUCUUGGUUUCAUUGGAUCUCAUUGGUCAAUGUAUUCUCCUGCAGUAAGAUUGGUUUUAAACAGUGCUCUAGGGCCUACACUUGGGCUUCCAUUGGACCCACAGGCAGCGGCUAAAGCUGAGAAGCUUGUGGUCUCAUCUCUGUCAAAGAUCGAAACUGUUUGGCUGAGAGGGGAUGGAAAAUUCUUACUGGGAAGCUCCCGACCAUCCAUUGCAGACCUCAGCCUUGUCUGUGAAAUCAUGCAGCUGGAGGUGAGCUCAUUGAUAUAUUCCGUCCGAUGUAAUACACUUUCACCCCUUCGAUUGGAGAUCGGUUUUUUUUUUUUUUUUUUUCCUUUCAUUCAUAGUUUAUGGAAAGCUUUCAAACAUGAAUAUCUAGAUAAUCACAUUUUAAAGUUUUUUUCAUUAAACCACAUGAUUGACUUAUGCUGAUUAAGUUCUGUUUAACCCCUCAAGAAGUAAAAUAUUUUAAACUAAAGUCUAAUCUUCAAAGGAAAUAUUUUCAUACCCAAGUAUACUUUUUUUUUAUUCUCUUUCGCUUUUCAGCAAUUUAUUGGCAAUCUCCCAUACAGGCCUUUGGAAACCAGUUUUUGCCCUUGAUUGCUGUGAACUAAUUAUAUUUCUAGUUCGGGAAAUGCUGCUUGAUUUUUUUCUUUUCUUUUUUGUUUAUUUUCCCGCAUAAAGUGUUCGAUUGAGCAGUUUUUGGCUCAGAUGAACAGUUUCCUGAAAAUGACCCGGCUUUCUCAUGCCAGAUUAGUCGUCGUAAUUUUUUUUAUUGGGAGAGAUUAUACCCGAGUGAUUUCCAAACACAUUCUCUCGUUCAGAUCCUGGAUGAAACGGUUCGCGAUCGGAUAUUUGGACCCCGUGAGAAAGUCAGGCGAUGGAUUCAGAAUCUCAAGGACGCAACGAGCCCCCACUUCGAGCAAGUCCAUGAGACUCUUUACGAGGUAAAGGAAAGAUUGAAACGGGAAGCGACACCGGUCAAACUGAAGUCAAAGCUAUGA